UAUUUCUUGUGCACAUUCUUCCAUCAUUCAGUUUUAGUCUUAGAAGAGUGAGCAGCUUUCACACAGAGACAUUAGGAGCAAAACUUCAUAACUAUGUCCUUCCGGAGGUUUAGGAGUGCCCCUAAAACACUGGGGGAUGUCAACAUGGUGACAGAGGAGCUGAAGAACCUUUAUUAUAAGAGGCUGCUGCCGAUAGAGAAAUAUUAUUCCUUCCAUCACUUUCACUCGCCGAGCUAUGAGGAUGCAGACUUUGACAACAAACCAAUGGUGCUGGUGAUGGGUCAGUACUCAACAGGAAAGACAACGUUUAUCAGGUAUCUCAUAGAGCAAGAUUUUCUUGGUAGCAGAGUUGGGCCAGAGCCAACCACUGACUGCUUCACCGCCGUCAUGUACGGAGAGAGGGAAGGAAUCAUCCCUGGGAAUGCGCUCACAGUGGAUCCAAGAAAGCCCUUUCGAAACCUUGACCCCUUUGGAAAUUCGUUUCUGAACAGGUUUCAGUGUGUUCAGAUGCCGAAUCAGGUCCUCGAGAGUAUCAGCAUAAUUGACACACCGGGCAUCUUAACUGCUGCUAAAAGGAAACUGAGCCGAGGCUACGACUUCCCAGCAGUGCUACGCUGGUUUGCAGAGCGCGUGGAUAGAAUCAUCCUGCUCUUUGAUGCACAUAAGCUGGAGUUCUCUGAUGAGCUCACGCGAGCCUUCGGGGCCCUCUGCGGCUAUGAGGACAAGUUGCGUGUGGUUCUCAAUAAGGCUGACAGGGUGGACUCCCAACAGCUCAUGAGAGUGUACGGUUCCCUCAUGUGGUCUCUGGGAAAAGUGUUUCGAACCCCUGAGAUCUUGAGGGUUUACAUCGGAUCUUUCUGGUCUGAGCCAAGGCAGAUGUGUGACCACUACCAGCUGAUUGAGCUGGAGGAAGAGGACCUUUUGGCGGACAUAAGAAACCUGCCACGCAACGCUGCAGUACGCAAGCUGAAUGACCUGGUGAAGAGGGCACGCUUAGUGAGGGCUCAUGCACACAUAAUCAGCUAUCUCAAACAGGAAAUGCCAACAAUCUUUUGUAAAGAAAGCAAGAAGCACAAUCUGAUCUACCAGCUUCCUGUCAUUUUCACCAAGAUCCAGCAACGGCACAGAGUCCCAGCUGGCGACUUCCCUGACUGCACAAAGAUGCAGGAGAAACUCCUGGGUCAAGAUUUCUCAAAGUUCAAGUCACUGAAGCCAAGCCUGAUGGCUUCUUUGGACAAGCUCCUCACAAGCGACAUAGCCAAUCUGGUUCCCUUACUCCAACAACAAGAAGUGAAGAAGAGAUCCCUCCCGGGCGUGUUGGACGGGGAAUUUUUGGGAACAUUCAGGCCUGAGCAUUACAAGAGAGAUCCAUUCAAGGAAGUAGCCAGGGAUGAUGAGAGCAGCGAGUCAGAUUUUGAUGAGUGGAUCGUGGAGAAAUAUAAACCCAAAUAUGACGAGAUCUUCUACAACCUCAGUCCUAGUGAGGGCAAACUCAGCGGCACCAAAGUCAGAGAGUGGAUGACGUCCACUCUCCUGCCCAACUCUGUGCUCGCUCACAUCUGGAGGCUGUCAGACGUCGAUGGGGACGGCAUGCUGGACAAUGAGGAGUUUGCACUUGCAGUCCAUCUUAUUGAGGGAAAACUGGAGGGCUACUACCUCCCCAGAGAGCUGCCCUCUCACCUGGUGCCGCCAUCAAAACGGCUAAGUACAGUGAGCGAUGUGUCAGCAUAAACUUGAUAACACAGGGAAGGGAAGGCUGAGGAUGUGGACACAUUAUCUGUGAAAUGUUUUGUGAAUAUAGCGGUUUGAUGUUCCAAAAAAACAGAGUAUGCAGUGUAUGUGCAUAAAACCAAAUAAGAUGUCAGCAGCUGUUGGAGUUUUGUUCAUAUAUUCAAAAUAGCAAUAUACAAUGCAUUAUAAAAAAAUAAUAAGAAACUACAUCAAGAAUUACUAAUUCAAAGGAUGUUAUCUUUUUUUCUGACAAAUGAAUAGCUUCUCCUAAUUAUUUCACAUAACUGUAAUGUAUUGUUAAAUUAGUGAUGACAUUAAACCUGUGAUGAUCUAGAUCUUUCA